CUUCUAAUUUUUUUUUUUUUUUACAAAUGUGGGCUCUUCUUAUUGUAAUCGGUAUUUUUUUUUUCUUACACUUUAAAUACAUUAUUAUUAUCAAUAAAAUGUAAAUUAAGGAAAGAAAAAUGUUUAAUUUCCAAUGCAUUCUCUGGGUUUGCUUCCAUCCCUUUUCCCGAUAGCUUAUUGUUGGGCAUGUGACUCGGAUCUCACCCCACUGAAGAAGCACCCAGGGAUACUCACGCCAAGGUCAAGCGCGCGAGUCACACCGGAGUCAAGCGCACAGGUAAAGACCACCCCCGGAGGCCGCGCUCAAACACUAAACGACGACGCUUUGGACAGGCGCGGACCCUUAUCGAGAAGUUGUAGAAGCGGCGCCGCGUCACCCAACGGGUAGUCACCAUCAUAGUCCUAGGUAUAGUCCUGCCUAAGUCAGGAGUAGUCACAUCAGGGUCCUAAAAGCAUGACCUAAAUCCCUGACAUGUCAGUAGUCAUGUCAUUGUACCCACAUGUAACCCAACCACUCACCCACCACCAUGUAGCCUAUAAAUAUGGCAUUUACUUCGGUGGGUGAGGGGAUCAGAUUUUUCUGACUCUAUCUCUAAAACCAUCGACUUCUCUCUCUAAGAUAUUUCUCUCUCAAUUCUCUUUGUAAUCUCUCAGUUCUUCCAUCGAUGAUUAUUCCCUCAUUGCUUACUCUCCUUGACCCAUUUUCCCGAGUCUCCCUCCUACACCCAGUUAGGCUCAAACAAUUGGCGCCCACCGUGGGGCCAAGUAGAGAAGCAAAGAAAACCGACCUAUGGCAGAGCAUAACUCCAACUCACCUGACGAAUCAACCCCCAUCAAAGCGAUGACCAACCCAAGGGAAUUCGCGGAAGCUAGCAAUCUCAACGCGGUGCUUCUGGAAGAGGAAGAGCCCGAGCUCACAGCCAAGGAAAUGAGACAGCUGAUGGCGAAGCAGAACGACGUCAUAGCUAACAUGCAGAAACAAAUGAGCCAGGUCAUAGCGCUCAUGAUGAGCAAAGAGGCCGCGGCAACAACAGGCGCGACACUAUCCGCGCCCCAACAAGUCCCAGGAGAAGCGUCGGGGACUGCCCUACCACCGCACCCCGCGCACGAAACGCAACAAGUCGAGCUCACAGUAUGCGCGACACCAGUCGCGCCCCAACAAGCCCCAGGAGAAACGUCAGGGACGGUCCCACCACCGCACCCCGCGUACGAAACACAACAAGCUGAGCUGCCAGGAAGGGCGGACCUCAGUUUUCUGGAGCAACACCUGUCUCCGCAAUACCGACUCAACCCGCCCAAGAGGGCGCUCCACCAGCCGCUAAGCGCGGAAAUCAUGGCGGAACACCUGAGCGGAAUGCCACCCGCCCUCCCAACAUACAACGGGACGACUGAUCCCGAAGACCACGUGAGCACCUUCUGCCUGCGGAUGCAGCUCCAAACCAACUCCAACGCGGCGCUAUGCCGAACCUUCCCAUCAACAUUCUCUGGGAUAUUCCUAGACUGGUAUAACAGGCUCCCGAACAGGAUCAUCCGCUCAUUUGAGGAGUUCAUACUCCUAUUCACGACGAAGUUCGCAUCCCAAAAAAGAAGGCCCCUCCACCUCAAGGCGCUGGUAGAUCUCAGGCAAAAGGACGGGGAAAGCCUACGAUCAUUUUACGCCAGAUGGUUCAGGCUGGCGAUGACAGUGCGCGACCUUACCCCCGAAACCGCCGCCCAUCACCUUUUGGAAGCCACCACCAACAUGGAACUCAAGCGGGCGCUAGCAAAGAGGCCCGUAACUCUAUCAACGGAGUUGGAGAUGAAGAUUGAGAAGGCAAUUACGUUGGAAGAAACCUUCGGAGCGGGAUCUGUUAGGUGCUUCGAGCCAGCCAAAUUGCCACGAGAAGAGCAGGGACGUCGGCAGCUCACGCUGCCGCGAGAUCAGAUAGCGCAGCUGCACAGCGGGCAAAAGCGCCAUCCCCCUCCCCCACAAGAGCAAGCCCAGCGAGGAAGAUCGCCAGACAGGCGCGCACCCCACGCUUAUACACCGCUCAACGACUCCAUGAAAAACGUGUUCCACGUUCUACGCGAGAAGGAAUACAAGCUCAAUUGGCCCGCGCCUCUGAAGUCCUUGCCCCACAUGCGGGACCCAAAAAAGCAUUGCGACUUCCAUAGAGCAACGGGGCACUGGACGGAAGAUUGCCGAGAACUGCACUACGAAAUAAAAGGCCUCAUACGAUGAGGAUUGCUGACCGAGUUCACACACGAAAAAGAGGAACAAGUUGGGUGGGCCCAAAACCCACCACCACCCCCACAAGCCGACUACAACGAAGCCGCUGCAGCAUAUGUAGUGCGAAAAGAAAUAGGGGUUGUGACG